AUGCCUUUGCUCCACAAGCAGUGGUCUGCUGACGAUGUGCUGCAGAACCCUGGUCCCCAGCAUCCGGAACGAAGAGCAAGGCUGGCUUCGCCUACAAAACAACGCCCAAUUUCACAGUUGGACAUUGGUGCUUUGUACGGGCUGGCCCCCUUCCACGAUGACAUUGCAUCCAAAAUCUCCAAUGGCCUGCUUCUGCCUGACCAAAUAAGACGCUUGUCCAGACUGCCCAUUGCCAAAAAGCUCCACAUAUCCAGCGCCAACUACGCCUUGCCCAUCCCGUUCAAGUUGCAGAUGCCUCCCAAGCUCAGCACCAGACUGGCUCCUCCAUCGCCAGAACCUUCCAGGGGAAGGUCGGCGCCUUGCACGAAACCUUCCGAAAAGGCCCUUCCUGCUUCGCCCCAGAGGAGCCCCAAACGACUUGUUUUCACGGGCUCAAGCUACGAGCCAGCAGAGUCUUCUGAGUCUGAGCUGGAGCUCUCCUUUUUGAAACCUGCUACCCCCAGAAACCACCAGCAACUAUGGGCAAUCGCAAGAAGCAUGAUUGAAGAGGCCUCGAACGCUGGUAGCUCCAGAGCGUCUAGUACGCGCCUGAAGAGAUUGCCCACGUUGCCUAAAAUCAGAAGUUCUGAGGAUCAACCAAAAAUCAGGCCAGCUGAGGAACCACCCACCCCCACUUCGCCCACUUCCCAGAAAAUCAGAAACACUCUGCGCAAACCUCCACCAGACUUGCAGCUGCCAAUGCCUGUGUCUGUUUCCAAGCCACACUUGGACUUGGUACCACCGCCUCCGCCUCCAAUUCUGCUUCCGACCUCGACCUCGGCUCCCAUUCUAUCACCUCGGAAACUCGAUGAAUCUUCCGCCGACUCAAGCUUCAAUGCUCCAAGAAAACUUGAAACUCGUGUCGUCACGGAAGCGCCUCGUAGGCAUCCGGAUGCUCGCUUGUCUCGUGGAGAAAUUGACGUCUUCCCCACCACGCCUGAUCCAUUUGCAGCUAGCAAAAAGCCCGAGAACGUCGAGAUGUUUUCCCAAACACCAGUUGAGGAAGCCUCACAAGAGGAGCCCAAAUCGCUUCCACACAGCCAUGCAUACCACCAUAAUCUCAACCUCGGUGAAGACUCAUACCUCAAAAUCUACAAAAGAAGCUUCUCAGACGAAUCAAAAGUCUCAUCCGUUUCUUCAUUCAGCUCCGUGGGCGAUGCUCUCAACCUCAACCACGAGUCCUUACGUUCAAUUCCUCGCAGUAUGAACGCUCCUUUGGCCAAUCUCACGGUCCAGUCAAAUGGCCCCACCAGAGGAGCAUCUAUCACAUCUUCCAAGUCUGCCUCGAGUCUGUCAUCUUGGGACUCAAUUCAAAAGAGCGUCGACUUUAGCAUUCGCGACUCCACUUCAGCAUCAGAACGGUCCUCUUUAUCCAGCAAGUCUGUUUCAAGCAAGUCCACGAGAAAAAUCAGCAAAGAGCUACCGCCUCCACCUGAGGAGCUUGAGUUGGAGGGUGACAGUCUUGAGGAACGUUUUGAGAUCCCCAGAGAGCUUAACAUCACCAAGAAGCCAAGCACUGCAACGUCAGUCUCCAUCAGAGAUGAGCAGCAGACCGUUUCUGACCCUGAAGUGACUGGAAGCGAGGAAAAUGAAGAGGAGGAAACAGACAACAACACAAGCUCGCUUGACGAUGGUAACAGUGGUGUGGGUAGAGGCUUCAGCUUCCCCAACGACAUGUCCAACAUCACAAAUAGUGAGGAGGCCCGCAAGAGAUUGGAACAACAGAGGAUCAUGAACACAAGCAUCUCAAGAAAGCGCAUUAAUCGAUCAUCGAAGCAAAUUGAAAUUCCAAACCUUGACGAUCUCGAAAGCCUUCUGAGCUAUAAAUUGCUGGAGACCAGACACAACGGCGUGAGCUUCAACGAUCUUCAACAAGUGAAAGCAGAUGGUCUGGAUAAAGCAGAUGCCUCUGACAUUGAACCACUUGGGGUCCCGAGCCUGGCUGCCAAGCAACAUUUCAGUGAAAUGUACGGAGACAAAGACACGUCUUCCUCCGAACUGGAUUCGUCUUUUGAAAAGACGAACUUCAAGCCCAGCAAGCCACUUAGCUCACCGCCUAAGCUGAUGCCGAAUAGUGUCUCUCUUGGUGCUAUCGCUAGCAGAAAGUCACCCAUCCGUCAUGCCCGUCACCGGCUGAUGUACAAUUUCGAUUUUGCGGAUAUUUACAACGAACCGUCGCCUCAAAAUAGCAUAAGCAGUGGCAAGCAACCUAACAAACACAAGGCAUCCAAGUCGAUCUCGGAGCCGCUCCCAGCACCCAAGCAGACUUCAGCAUCACCGCAGGAGGCAGACAAGGCUCUAUCAGAAGCCGCCGCUGAAGGUCAGCACGACGAAGAGAACGACCAAAGCCUCAACAUCGUUGUGGCAGAACCACCUAAGAAGAUUCAAUAUGCGGUUGAUUUCAAAGAUGCUUCAUCUUGCAGAAAACCGGAGUCUAACCUUUACAACACCGACUUUGAAAAUGACUAUUACAACAGAAGUGCGAGAAGCUCUGAGCCCGAGAGAGAUGGUCGUCCUCCAAGUGAACAUUCACAGCAAAUUAGUGGAAGUUCGCAGUCGAAGUUCUCAGACUCUAUGGUAACGGCUCGUGAAACGAUAUCCACAGCUCCUACUGACACUGAUAGCAUAACAAUUGACUUAACCAAAGAAGACUAUAACGUCUGCAUGAUAAAGAGAAAUGACUCGACAAUGUCAUACCGCUCCAUCAUCGAGAAAAGAAAUGGUCGGCCCGUCGAGGUCGUUUUGGUCGAAGAGGAUGAAGAACAACUACCAAAGGCCAUGCCAGCUCGUGAGGAUAGGGAUGAUUUGCUGAGUAUUUAUUCACGAUACAUGAAUGAUUGGGACAGACAAAGGAAGCCAAUCAGGAAAAACUCGACGAGACUGUCCGUCUCGCAAGCAAGCGAAGAGAGCUGGGCAAAAUCUGAAACUGGCUUUCAGGUUAAGCCGAAGGAUGCUAUUCGCAAGCGGGACGGUCACGUCAGAAAGGCGACCAUGCCAAACCUUGAACAAUUCCGCAACAACAGCAUGUUAGGAAGGUCUAAAAGCAAGAGAGUUCAGCUGACGCCAAAGCUCAGUGUCCGUGGUGAACCCAUUGCAAACGGAAAUUAUAAUAGAGGGAACAACUACUUUGACUACAAUGGCACCGAAAAUUACGACUUUGAGUCAUUCAUGAAACAAAGACUUUAA